GCGCGUGGGGCCUGCGGUCACGUGACCAGGUCAUGCGCUUGAAUAGGGAAGCCGAAGCGCGGAAUAAAGUUCCGAGUUGACACUAAACGUAGCGCAGGAUGUCCCGUCCUGGAAGCCGCGGGAUGCUCCGCGUGCUGUGCGUGUUUGCGGUGUUUGACGCGGCAUGGCUGCUCAAAGCGGGCAUGCUCUUCCCCCACGAGUCCUCCUCCAGGGAGGUGAAGGACCUGAGCGGCCGCUGGGACUUCAGGGCUGAUUAUUCCUCGAACAGGAAGCAGGGCUUCGAGAGGCAGUGGUACAAGAGUCGCCUGGCGCUGACCGGUCCAGUGAUCGACAUGCCGGUUCCUGCCAGCUACAACGACCUCACCCAGGACCCGGCGCUGAGGGACUUCAUCGGCUGGGUGUGGUAUGAGCGAGAAGUGGUGGUGCCCGCCCGGUGGGUCAGCGACGAGGGCACGAGGCUGGUGCUCCGAGUGGGAAGUGCCCACUAUUACUCUGUGGUGUGGGUGAACGGGGUGAAAGCCACAGAACAUGAAGGUGGACAUCUUCCCUUUGAGGUCGAGAUAGGCAGCAUCAUCCGCAAGGACCCCAGUCUGCCUUGCAGGAUCACAAUCGCAGUCAACAACACUCUGACGCUGUCGACUUUACCUCCGGGAACCAUCCAGUACAUGACCGACCGCACCAAGUAUCCAGAUGGAUAUUUUGUCCAAAAUAUCAACUUUGAUUUCUUCAAUUACGCUGGGAUACAUCGUCCUGUUCUGCUGUACACUACGCCGAAGGCCUACAUAGAUGACAUCACUGUGGUGACUGACUUUAUGGAUAACACUGGCCGGGUCAAAUAUAACGUAUUAGUCCAAGGUGCCGCUGAGGUCGCCCUGAAGGUGACUCUGAUCGACAGGGAUGGACACUGUGUGGCCUCGUCCAACGAGUCAUCUGGACUGCUCAAAGUUCCAGACGUCAAACUGUGGUGGCCAUACCUGAUGCAUGUGAAUCCAGGUUAUCUCUACUCUCUGGAGGUUCGUUUACUGGCAUCCGAUGGCAGAUCAACAUAUGAAGACGUGUAUACUCUACCAGUCGGCAUUCGCACUGUGAACGUUACCAAAACCCAGUUCCUGAUCAACAACAAGCCCUUCUAUUUCCACGGUGUCAAUAAGCACGAGGACGCUGACAUUCGAGGUAAAGGCUUCGACUGGCCCCUGAUUGUUAAGGACUUUAACCUAAUGAAGUGGUUGGGGGCCAACUCGUUCCGCACCAGCCACUACCCCUACGCUGAGGAGAUCCUGCAGAUGUGUGACCGCCAUGGCAUCGUGGUGAUAGAUGAGAGUCCAGGGGUUGGCAUCAAAGACAUUCGUAGUUAUGGAAACGCCUCCCUCAAACAUCACCUGGAUGUCAUGGACGAGCUUGUACGUCGGGACAAGAACCACGCCUCUGUGGUCAUGUGGUCUGUGGCUAACGAGCCGGCCUCAGAGAUGGGCCCCGCUGAACACUAUUUCAAAACUGUGAUUAAACAUACGAAGGCUCUGGACCCAACCCGGCCUGUCACUUAUGUCACAGCGAGUAACUAUGAGCGGGACAGAGGGGCUCCCUUCGUGGACGUAAUCUGUGUGAACAGCUACAUGUCCUGGUACCAUGACCCAGGGCACUUGGAGGUCAUCGACAUUCAGCUCAACACUCAGUUUGAGAACUGGUAUGGGAAGUACCAUAAACCCAUCAUCCAGAGCGAGUAUGGAGCGGAUGCGGUGGCAGGGCUUCACAUCGAUCCACCUGCAAUGUUCACGGAGGAGUACCAGAAGGAGGUGCUGCUGAACUACCACAGAGCGUUCGACCAGAAGAGGAAGCACUACGUUAUUGGUGAACUCAUCUGGAACUUCGCUGACUUUAUGACCGCACAAGGGGUCCUGCGUGUGGUAGGGAACAAGAAGGGAAUAUUCACCAGGCAGAGGCAGCCCAAAGCGGCGGCGUUCAUCCUGAAGGACCGCUACUGGAAGCUGGCCAACGAGACGGGAACACUGCCUCCGUGGACCAAGUACCCGUGUCUGUUCUCUUGAUAUGUGCACAUUAAAGACCAGUUAGCUGAGUUAUUCUUCAUGAACCAACCUGUGGAUCAAUCAUGGGCCGUAUGAACAACACUUGAUGCUUCUUAAGAAUGACAAUGAAUGUUUGAUGGGGGUAAUUUUUUAAGUUGUUACAAGACAUUUGAGGUGGUGCCUUACUGUUGCUUAUAAAAAUGGAAGAUACUGUAUGUAAAACCCCUCAGUGCUUCAUCAGGGAUCAGAGCUGACCUUUCCUGUUAUCAGCCGCCACAUUAAUCACAUUCCUGAGUAGAGUUUCCACACAGACUCCUGUAUAAGGAAACCUUUUAAAAACAUUUAAAAGUUAUAUUUCUAAAGAUAUAAGCCUUUAAAAUCUGCUUUUUAAAGAUGUUCUGUUCAUUUUACUAUAUAACAAACAUCUAUAUAAAUGAAUGCAAUAGGAUGAAUGUGUUCUGUAGGUUGUAAAUGAUUGACAGAUGUCUUCAAUGUUACUCGAGAUGUUAGAUAUACUUUGGUCUUCAUGACCGGUUUGAGGAGACUACACUACAAACACACACCUACAGGGUUAAGUUACAUGUUUGGUUGUUGACGAUGGCGUGACUGUAAUCAGACUUUUUACUAUGGGUGACUCUGCGUGUGUGCUCAUCGUGCGGCUGACCUUUGUGUUCCAGCUGGACAAACAAUGAAUAUUUCAGCUUGGCUUUAGUGAAGCAUCCAGGAGCAGGGACCCCUUUUAUUUACAUUGUGUUUGACAUAUUAAGGACUGAAAUAUUGUAUGCAUAUGCAAAAGCAAUAAAACUUUAUUUUUA